AUGAGAGCCAGGAUGAGAGUGCUGCUGUUGUUCUUGGCAGCGGCUGUUUGUGUGUCGAACGCUCAGACCAACAGCAGCAACGACAGCAAGCAACAGCAACGCAGCGUCUGGGAUGAGCCCAUCCGGUUCAGCACCAAGACCAAGGACUCCUGUACCAUGGUGGUGUCUGGAGCCGGGGACUAUACUCGCCUGCGUGUCUCCUGCAAAGGUCCAAGUCAGGGCCAGACGCCAGGGCGCUCCUACUACUGCGACUUCCAGGGCAAACCCAACCUGUGCCGCCCCUACAACCUCAAUCCUCGCCACUACUUCACCCAGAUGAUGUGGGACAUGAGGAAGCUGACCCACGCUUGCCAGGGACCCAAAAUCUACCGCCCACAGAUGUGCAAGAAAUACCCCGACGAGGCUCAGAUGACCUUCCUGGCCUCCUGGCCCAAGCCCGCCGCACCCAAAACCUCCAAGCCCGUCCAGGAGCCGCGUAAACCGGUGGUGCCCGCCCAGACCAAGCCUGUCACUACUCCUAAACCUGUCAAGCCACAGCCCGUCAAGCCCCAGCCAGGCAAGGGCCCCCAGACCAAGAAAACUACCCCCAAGCCUGGGAAGACCACUACUCGUCCCACUGAGCAGCCUGAUUCCAAAGCCUCCCGCCUCGCCACAGAGUACUGCUGGAAGAGCUUCCACGGCUUCUGCACCUACUUCAUCAGCUGGUUCCAGAACUGAGACGAUACUGUGGAUGCAGGUUGGAAACCACAGCGAUGGAUCCAGGAUCUGUGUGGGAGCGUCUGAAGUUAUUUCGCCACCUCGUGAGGUCCGACUCCCCACUAUGCAGCAUCUUUGGCGGGCUGAGCCUAAAAACGCUCGACCUACACCUGCGCACAGUUAGCGGACUACAGCUCGUGCUCUCAUGAAGCGUACAUGUCAUU